GAAGCUAAACUCGUCUGGUACCCAGGGAAGUGAUGAUCUCAACAGUCAAGAACGAGGACACGCCGUCGCAAUACGUUCGAACACACAUUGUUGUGCAAUAUGGCUCAAUGAAUCUAGCAUGAAAUUCUCUAUCUCGAAUACGAUUGUAUGUGCUGACGCUGGGGCCUUUCAGGUCGAUCACUCCCGCUGACCACCGGCAGAGUGGCUUACUGACAUUCAACUUCCCUGUGUGACUAACAAAAGGGUCAUACUUGGCUCUCACGGAAGCAAAACGUGUACACUGUGCUGCAACCAUUCAUGCCUACAAUGGGGGGUAGAAAAAAGAAUUCCUGGAAAAAAGGAAACCUUCAGAUCUGAGCCGGCGAUCCAACCCGAUAUGCGGUGAUCCGCCAGCAACAAGCAUCUCAUGCCUCGUUCGUUCUCCACGACUUCGCCUAGCGCUGUCGCCUCAAAAGGGACCGCUGACAGACAUGCGACAUCCCCAAGGUUCUCCCUCUGUCACUUCUUCCAAUAUAAUGGCCGACCACAUCCACUACAUGUCUUACUCCUACUACAGUCCUCCCGCCAGUCAUACUCAUGGCCAGUACUUGCCUCCAACCGCUGGCUAUGGAGCAUAUGGCGCUCAUGCCGCGUCAGGACAUCUCCAACAACUUGUCCCGCCUACGCCGAGACCGGAAGCCACCCAACGAAAGCGCCCGAAAUAUACCCGGAGCAAGACAGGCUGUUUGACGUGCAGGGCGAAAAAAAUCAAGUGUGAUGAGACGAAGCCCAACUGCAUGCGCUGUACCCAUGGGCAGCGAGAGUGUACGUGGCCGGAAGGCGUUCCUGCGCGCAAGAAGUCGUCGUCGCGAAAGAACCCCCAACAAGAGCAAUCUCAACACUCACCAAGCGCGUUAGACUCUCCCCUCACCGACACACGACCCUCUACAGCAGGUUCUGCGACUAUAUCCGAGGCCUCAACGUCAACCCCACCCACCCGGAACCCUACGCCUCCCAAGCGUGAACCUUCCGAAGCACAUUUGCCUCCACUCAUUUCUCGCCGUGCCGGCGAUGUGCAUCUUUCCAGUGUCGGAGAUAUAGAAGGGAGUCGACGUCAACAUCUAUCGCCUAGCACACCACACGGAUACCCUAUGCAUUCCAAUUCGAAUACCCACGUUCUGCCAGCUAUACCCGAAAUGUCUUCACAAUACCCUACUCACUCAUCGUAUCAACAGCAACACUAUCAUCCUUCGCAGUAUGCUCAACAGUCCUUGGUUCUUCCACGAGUCAGCCCUCAACAUGAGCACCCAACUUCGCUUCGGUCACCGGACACUUCCACUCACCCUGGCCAAUGGUCCUCACAGUCUAUGAUGACUCAUGUCGAACCUUUGGAUCAAUAUUAUACCUCUGCCCAAGAGCGGGGCAUGGUGGGGCCUGCCUCUCACCACAACCACGUUAGAUACUGACGACGACUUGUAAUGAUUUUGCCUAAUAAUACUAAUGGAUUGUGAUUUAUAUCCUACAUGGGUGCCUCCCGAGCUCAGUAGCAUUGUU